AUGGAGGACCUUCAGCUCAACUCACGGCGGAAGAAACGGGAACACAAAGUCAAGAUGGACAUUAUGCGCGCAGUGAAACACCCCGAGGCGGACGGACUCACGGACGCCGACCUGGAACUGGAAGGGAAGAGAAAGAGUCUGCUGGCCUCGAUCUCAGAGACUGUACAAACUAUCCUGGAGAAGCACCCGAACGGUCUGCUCUGCUCCAAACUGCCCUCAGAGUACCAGCUGAGGACGGGCAGCGACCUGGCGCUGUCGGAGCUCGGCUUCCACAGCGUGCUGGACCUGGUGUCCCUCCUCCCGCUGCGCAUCAUCAAGUCGAACGCGUUCGGCGACUGGCUGCUGUUCACGCUGCGGCAGCCGCUGCCGGACUUUGUCAACGACCAGACGCAGGCUGACGGACGGUGGGCUCAGAUACGGGGCCAGCUGAACAUACACUGCUUGAUAGCCGAGGUGGAGGAUGGCAGUCGGCUCCAGGAAGCCAAGGAGAGGAUCCGCGACAUCCUGCUCUCCUUCCCCGACGGACUGCGCAUGUCCAGUCUCGAGGAUCACUAUCAGAUGAACUGCAACGAGCGUCUGCCGUACGGCGCCCUCGGCUUCAACUCGCUGGAGACGUUCGUGCUGCAGCUGACGGAGGACGUGCUGAACCUGAAGAACACGGCCGACGGCCUGAAGCUGUAUCCCAUCAUGCCUCCCCAGUCGGAGACGGCGGUGUCGCGCGACCUGUACCCGGCGGACGCCGUCGGCCCCGGUCGCAGUUUCGAGCGCGUCAAGCUGCCCGACGUGCCCUCCGGCGAGUACAACCUGGAGAUCUUCGUGGCAGAGGUGUACCAUCCGCACAAGUUCUGGUUCCACCUGGUUGGCGAUCAGUAUGCGGACGCUCUGGAAAAACUCAUGGACGAAAUGGAGAUGACAUAUUGCACCACGCUGGGCUUCAAGUACCGCAUGCAGGAGGCCACCGUGCGCGUGGGCCAGGUGUGCGCGUGUCCGUACGGCGAGCAGGGCUACCACCGGGCCGUCAUCACUGGCGUACGGCCCGUGCCGGAGCCCGUCAAGGUGUUCUACGUGGACUACGGCUCUGUGGGCACUGUGUCUCGCGAGAUGCUGCGCUUCCUGCCGGAGCAGUACUUCAGUCUGCCGGCCCAGGCUCUGCUGGGUCGGCUGGCCAACAUCGAGCCGCCGGACGCCGAGGGCUGGUCGCGCGAGGCCUCCAAGACGUUCCUGUCUCUAGUCGACAACAAUCGCAUCCUAUACGCCAUGAUUCUGGAGAGGUCGCCGAGCUGCGUCAGUCUGUGUCUGUGCGACACUACCGGAGACACGGACCUCCACGUCAACGACCGGCUCGUCGAGCUCGACUACGCCGUCUUCCACAACGAGAGCGUCGACGUCGACGAAAAGGCGGUGGAGGAGCUCUCUCGGCCGGUGUCGGUGGCGCCCAGUCCCACCGCUGCACCGCCGCCGGCCGCGGCCGUCUCCGUAUCGGAGGCGGCGUCGGCGGCCGCGGCGCGCCUCUCGCUGAGUCCCGAGCCGGAGUCGGAGCCGGCUGGCGGCCGCAGCACGCCCAGCGACAUCGACCGGCUGCUGCUGGAGACGCUGGGCAGCCCGCCUGGUAACGCCGGCCCACCGCCGGCUCCAGUGCCGCUGUCGUCGCCCGGACAGCCGCCCGGCUUCGCUGCCGUGUCGCCGCUGCCGCCAGUCAGCACGACCGCCUUUGCGCAGAUGCUGACGCAGUCGGCACUGCUCAGCAACCUGCAGAUGAUGCAGCUCAACCUGAUGAAUCCGAUGAUGAACCCGGCGGCGUACGCCGCGCUGCUCAUGUCGCAGGCGUCCGGAGCCGGCGGCGGCGUGACGGCUGUCCCGACAUCGCCGACCGUCUCCGCCGUGUCGCCCGCGGCACUGACCACCGUCGCGCCGGCCGCCGUCUCUGCUGUGGCCCCGACCACGCCCGUGUCGGCGGCCGGCCGCGCCCCGGAGGCGGCGGCGGCGGCGGGCGUCCCCACCUCCCCGGAGGUACCGCCGGCCGCGCCGCCGCCGCUGGCCCCGUCCGUGGACGGCAGCGGCCGGAACGCCGGCGUGUGCAUCGCCGCGCCCACCCAGGCCGACAGCGCUCCAAGCCACCAGGAGCUGACUGAGGAGGAGAUUGACCAAAUGAACCGCGAGCUGGGGGAGCUUACCAUGCAGAGACGGUUCAUCAAACAGAUAGCGGUGCCGGUGGGUGUGGUGCACCUGAUCUGCCUGGACGGCGCCGGCUACCUGGUGUCGGCCGAGAUCUCGCACUUCCUCUGGACGCGCGACAUCCUGCACACGAUGCUGCUGAUGAAGCGCGUCACGCUGCCCAGCCGCUCUGUCGACGUCGAGUCCCACCAGGAGCUCUUCGCCGAACUCAUAAAGUACAAAGUGCCCGGUGUGAUGAACGGAGAAGAUCUGGUGGACCCGCUAACCCUCUACCCCAUCACCUGUGUGCCGCGUGUCUUCACCGUCUUCAAAAACAUGAAGAACGAACACGACGUCAAUGGCAUCAUAAACGACAUUAUCGCCGAGUUCGACCCUGCCGACCCGUACUGGAGCACGGCCGCCAACGAUGAGGACGACGAGGCGGAGCUGGCCGACCUGGGCUCGGAGACGGUCUACAGCGCGGCGCACUCUCAGCCGACGGCGCUGCAGAGCGAGCCGUGCCCGCCGCCGGCGUCCGAGGUGGGCGGCGCGGCGCUGCAGGGCGGCGGCGACUCGGCCGACCUGCUGCCAGAGAUGUGCGACAUCCUCACCCAGCUGCAGAACAAACGCCGGCGAAAGGUGGAGGCCACCACGAUGGGUCUGGAGGGCACCGACUUCUCGCCAGAGGACGUCAUCGGGGACGAGCUGCGCAAGAUGGACGCCCAGAUCGCCUCGUUCCAGCGGCGCAUUGACGCGCUCGUAGCGAGCCGCGCGGCGGCGGUCGUCGGCCGGCCCGGCUCACAGCAGGGCUCCGUCUGCCAGCCCGGCUCUCAGAACCACUCCACGUGCCGGCCGGCCUCGGCGCGCACCUCGCUCUCGAUGAACCCGGACGCACCCGAGUUCAUCCACCCCAGUCAGAAUAACUCGGCGUGUGCCAGCAAGGACAGCACAAUCUGCCUGCCGGGCGGUGACGAGCCGGCCGUCUCCAAGCCGCGCGUCUCUGUGGAGCUGCGCGCGCCCGACGGCACGCCCGUGCAGCUCAGUCAGCUGGUGAGCGGUGCCGAGACGGCGCGUCGCAGCAGCGUCAGCAGCACGGGCCCGUCGCCGCCGCGCCGGCCGCUCGAGCUGCGCACCCCGGACGGAAAGCCGGUGCAGCUGAGCGCGUCAGCCCGCGCCGCCUCCACGCCGCACGGCUCGCCGCCGCCGCUGUCCGUCUCCAGCGGCGCCACCGUCACCGUGGCGGCCACCGCUGCGGCGCCCACCCCGGCGGCGGCCGCCGUGGCUCCGGUCAAGGCGCAGUCGGCACCGCACCAGUACCAGAUCCCGCUGCGGCCGGUAGCCCCGUAUCAGCAGCCGACGGCCUCUCGCUUCCAGCAGCCCCAGGCGGCUCAUCCCCCGGCAACCCCGCGGCCGCCGCCGGCUCCGCGCCCGCAGCAGCAGCAGCAGCAGUGGCCGCGUCUGCCCAGCCAGAUGCCGAUGUACCAGCCGCAGCCGUACCAGCAGCCGUACCUGGCCUUCCCUCAGAUGUACCAGCCGACGCCUGGCAUGUACCCGCGGUUCCAGCAGCCGAUGGGCUACCUCGGCCAGCCUCUGUACUCGAUGCAGUCGGGCUUCCAGCCGGCGGCGUCCCAAUACUCUGCCCCGGCGGCGCACCAGCCGCCGCCGGCGGGUCACGCGCACCAGCCGCCGCCGGCGGGCCACGCGCACCAGCGGCCGGCCUCCGGUUACCCUGGCAACUGACCGUUCGACAAACGGUGCACUCACUUCAUCUCAUGGACCCUUGCAAAGUGUAGUUUUUACCUCAGUGUUGGAGUCGUGUUGUGUGUUGGCGAUUAUUGAACUGUUAUGUGUCGUGCGGAUAGUGCUGCCCUUUGCGGGUAUGAGGAUCCCCAGUAUUUGGGAGUUGAUGAGCCAAGCCUUGCCGGCUGUGAAAAGAAGCCUUUCGUUUGUAUUAAUUCGCCAAGCAAUGCAGCAAAAUAUAAUUGCUCGUUAUGCA